AUGGCAGAUCAAUUUACAGUUCGAGUAAAAAAAUAUAUGAGCAAUCCCUUAUUAAGAAGAAAACAAUUUGCUUUAGAAAUUUUACAUCCAAAUAAAGGGACUAUAUCAAAAAAGGAUGUUAAAGAAAGAUUAGCAAAAAUGUAUAAAUUAAAUAAUGUAAAUACAAUCGUAUUAUUUGGAUUUAAAGCUUUAUUUGGAGGGGGAAGAACUAAAGGGUUUGGCUUAAUUUAUAACAGUGUUGAUGCUGUUAAAAAGUUUGAAAAGAAAUACAGGCAAAUACGAGAAGGCUUAAUAACAAAGGAAAACAAGCCAGGAAGAAGAGCAGCCAAGGAAUUGAAAAACAGAAGGAAAAAGGUCCGAGGUACAGCAAAGACAAAAGUUUCUGGAGGAAAGAAAAAAUAA